CCAUUCUGCCGGAGUGGUUUGCUGUUUUCACACUGCUCUGGGGGUUGGAGGAAGAAGAGUUUCUCACGAAUCCUCUGGGCCUCUUGGCCGUCGUCCCCACCCCCUCCCCACCCCCCACCGGCCCCUCAUGUUUCCAUCAACUGGCAAAAACUAGAGAGUGGCCCCACCACUUCACACCGGGAGCACCAACAGCUGGCUUAGAAAGAGCGCAGCUCCUGCAGUGGGCAUCGUGGCCAACUCCAGUAAACCAAAUCUGAUGCUUUUGAACCUUGUACCAACUCAGCCUGGAAUUUCAGGUGAAGCAACUUAGAACGAGCUAAGGAAAGUGGAAGCCGUACUGGCUAGUCAAUCAGGACACUGAGAAGGCUUAGAGGCUGCAAAGCCCCUCAGAUGUCCAGUGAUGUACACCACCCCAAUCCCUCCAGAGGUCACAAGAAGGAACUCAGAGCCCAGCACUCAGCAGGGGACUCUUGGGAGCCUAGAAAGAGAGAAAGGCCAGAUCAUCUUCCCUGGCUUUCUGGUGCUCCUGACCAUCUUCCUGGUCAUCAUAGCUGCCUGUAUCCUGUGGAGCUGGAAGAAACAGAAGAAGCGGCGUGUUCCUUACUUCCAUGUAGCUCCAUCACUGACUCUGCCUCCACCCAGACAGCGAGCCAAAAAUAUUUAUGACUUCUUGCCCCGGCAGCAGGUGGAGCUGGGGAGACAUCAGUUGAGUGGUUUCAGUACCGAGAGCCUCCUCUCCAGAGCAUCUGACAGCCCUGAGCCUGAGGCCCUCCGAGCCAGUGGCUCCCUUCAGAUGCAUAGAGUGUCCAUUCAUGCUGUGGAGUACACAGUAGGCAUCUACAACAAUGGCACAGUGCCCCAGAUGUGUGGGUACCCUGCCUUCUCAGCACAUCACGGCUGUGUCAGAACUUCCAGAACUAACCCCAGCAUUUCUUCCAAGGAGUCAAAUGAUUAUGUCAACAUCCCCACCGCAGAGGAUACCAGUGAGACUCUAACUUGCACCAAAAGCACUCCUGAAAAUCACCUCAGUCUUCCAAGUGCCCUGCAGCCGGAGUUUGCUGAAGGAGGGCACGCAGGCUGUGGGAAUGCUACCAAGCACACUGGUUUGUGGGUUCCAGGACCCAAGUGCAGGGAUUCACUCAGCGACGGAGACAAUUCUUCUCAGACUUCAAACGACUAUGUCAAUAUGACAGGGUUGGAUCUUGAGGACAUCCAAGAGAAUCAACCCAGGGUAGCUUUUCAGGGCUGCAGAGAUUAUGAAAAUGUCCCAUCGGUGGAUACCAAUGGAAGCCAGCUGCAGACUUUGGAAGAAGUGACAUCGUCAACUACAGACCACGGGGAGCCUGUCUGGAAGACAGAGUAUCACAUGGCAUUUCGACCAUUGGCCCGGAGUGAGGACGGUGCCGUGAUGCAUGAAGAAGAUCAGUCAAGUGAAGACUCGAGUGAUUAUGAGAAUGUGCUGGCUGCUGAGUUAGAAGGCAGGGACUGGAAACAGGGACCUGGCACUCGGCAUCCAUCUGAUAAAGGACCACCGGGAGACCUGGCUGGAAAGCUUUGUGAGGGGGUCUACCCUGCUGGGUCUGUAGCCACUGAAACAUCUGGAGAAGAUGCCUAAAUGCCCUAGUAUCUCGGGACUCACUCGGUUAGGUUAAGGAGGCCGAGAGGAACAGGGCACUAGCAGGCUUCCCCAAAGCAAAAGUUUAGGAAGUCUAGAGAAUCCUUUCGGCUCAAGAUUGCUGUUAGCUCUCGGGCCACCUGAAGAAAGUGAGUGACACUAUGUUAUGGGGAUGUUGGGGGUGGGGAAGCACAUAGCACUUAAGAGUAAAAGUGUGACGUGGUAGAAAAUAAUCACUGUCACAAACUCCAGCCGGCUGUCAGGCAGGAGAGUCGGUUAUUCUGUGGCCUGGGCAGGCCAAAAGGAAGAGCAGGCUGGGCUAGGGUGGGUGAUUCCAGCUUCAGAAGAGCUGGCGAGGGUACAGAACUACAGGAGCCCUGUCGCUGCUGGUGAAUUGCAAAUCAUACCUGACAUAGGAGCCAUCCAUGUCAUGCUUAGGAACUGAAACUACUUUUAAUGUGUACUGGAGUUGUGCAAGUAAGUAAAUCUGCUUUAGAUAAAGAGGGGCAGAUUCCCUUUAAACUGUUUCUAUUUUAGUAACCUGAGUGAUAAUAUGGCCAUUUUCUUUUUUUUUUUUUUUAAAUCUUUUGAUUCUCUGUGAAUUUCAUAUCAUGAACCUCAAUCCCACAUCUCCCCAUGCCUUUCUAUCUGCCCUGCACCCUUGCAACCUCUCCCAGAAAAAGAAAAUAAUAAACAAACAAACAAA